GAACCCUGUUGUGUUGUGCCCAUUCUUUCCUGUUGGAAAUUGAACGUGGGAAGACAUUUCUGCGAUUUGUAGCAACGUCAAAGAUUCAGCUAUACCACUCAGAUAUUCAUAAGCAGUAGGGAGACCUCAGAGUAACAUUAUACGCUAAACCUAUGAGGACUCGCUUGGGCGGGGCAGACGGAUGUACCUGAGCAGGUUGUUUGCUGCUAACCGGAUCCCAGAGAUUGCUCGAGGAUAGCCUACAUGAGAGCAGACCGCUUGAUUUCGCAACAUGAAUCAAAUCAAAAACGAACCGAUUAAAUAUAACCCGAAUGACUAACAGAAAACACACCUUGAACUUUAAAUCAAGACUAAGUUCGUGUAUCCAAUGUAGAUUACCGAAUCAUGACCUUCGUGGCCUUAUAACAAACUUUCCGGACAACAAGCGACAUGAUGCAAAAUGUACAUUUAUCUGAUGAUGUGUGCCAAAAUGUGACUAUUGUUAGGUUACUCUGUCCAGCUCGAAAUUCCACCUGUCUAAUAAACCCAGAGGCCUCCAUCAACACCACUCUCCAUGACAGCAGCAACUCCACGGUAGCAGCUCUGUCAGUUGAUAAAUGGAACAACUACAACUUCUGGAUUGGCCUGGCCCUCGCUGUGCUCUCAUCUUUCUUGAUUGGAGGAAGUGUAAUUCUGAAGAAGAAAGCUUUGCUGCGUCUUGCCAGCAAUGGACAGACAAGAGCAGGUGAGGGGGGACAUGGGUACCUGAAGGACUGGAUUUGGUGGGGUGGACUCCUUACAAUGGGAACAGGCGAAGUGGCUAACUUCGCUGCAUACAUGUUUGCCCCUGCCACUGUGGUCACUCCCUUAGGAGCCCUGAGUGUUCUUAUCAGUGCUGUUCUGUCUUCCUACCUGUUGGGGGAGUCGAUGAACCUGUUGGGAAAGAUGGGAUGUGUGCUUAGUCUGCUAGGCAGCACUAUAAUGGUCAUCCAUGCACCAGAGGAGGAAGAGGUGACAACCUUAAAGGAAAUGGCGGAUAAAUUAUUGGACCCAGGUUUUCUGGUUUACAUCUCUGUCCUACUGGUCACCUGCAUGGUGCUAAUCUUCUACGUCUCUCCGCGCGUGGGCCCCACAAACAUCUUGGUGUACAUCAGCAUCUGCUCCCUGCUCGGUGCCUUCACCGUGUCCUCAGUGAAAGGCCUGGGCAUCGCCAUCCGCACCGUCUUCACCGACCCGUCCGUCGUCCGCAACCCCCUCACCUGGAUCCUGCUCUUCACUUUGGUGGGCUCCAUCGUCACCCAAGUCAACUACCUGAACAAGUCCCUGGACACGUUCAACACCCUGCUCGUCUAUCCCGUGUACUACGUGUUCUUCACCACCGUGGUUCUGACUACCUCCGUCAUCCUCUUCAAGGAGUGGUGGGCCAUGUCAGGUGUGGACAUUGUGGGGACCGUCGGGGGCUUCUCAGUCAUUGUCCUCGGCGUAAGCAUGCUGCACCUGUUCAAGGACAUCGCGGUGACGCUGAAGGAGCUCAAGAGUAGCCUGUGCCAGCCGGUGGUGGGGAUGGGGGGCGGGCCGCCCAAGAGGGAGGACAAGCACAUUCUCAUCGAGAACAUCGAGUGCCUUCCGCCCAUGAGAGAGGACGGGCCUCGAGUGUUUAUCAUCAGCUAAGAGGCUCCAGCCCAUAGCUCGCUGUGUGUAUAUGAGUCUCUUAAAUCUGUUUAGUGAUUCUUUUGUUUCUUCUGCUGAUGACAGAACAACAUGACGCAGUAUGCUGUGCUAAUCAGACCACUGCUGAAAGUCAGUCUAUGACGCAGAAUACAACUUUGCCAAUAAAUUUGGUAGUAGACGGUGACAUGACAGUAUGGACCCCCCUUCAACUAUCUGUCAGUUAUAUCUCUGUAAAUAGCAACCAACAUCACCUAAUACAUUUUUUUAUGAACUA